UUACCGGACAUUCCACUUUUUCUCUCACAUGUUUACGAGAAUACUAACCUUGCGUUUAGCUCCUUCUAGUUGCUUCGACGAGAACUGGCUGGUUUUUGUUACUAGUUAGUUUAUCUUAUUUCGAGAUAAUAUUUUGAUACUCAUUAUCGCAAUUUAGCUCCCCAUGUUUUGUUUAAAGAUUUUUGAGAACUAUUUUGAUCGAGGAAACAUGGACGCGACGAUAAGUUUUAAAAAACUAUAUUGGUUACCUGCAUGGCAAUCAGCCAUUCUACUAAUAGGAUCUUUAAUUGGCUUUAUAGUGGCGUUAGCAAAUGAGCAUGUUACUAUUUACAUACCAUUUUUCAGUGAGACAGGUGCAGAGGUACCAGAAAUAUGUAUUUUUAGCUAUACACUCAUAAUUGGAAGUUUUCUCGGAGUUCUAAUUGUUUGUCACAGGUAUCUAAUUUUGAGAAGUAUAUUGUCAAGAGACAACAAAAGGCUUUGGAAUGUUAAUCUUGUAGGAUUGUGGUGUGGACUAAUAUCUAUGGCAUGCUUAGCAGGUGUAGCAGCGAUUCCUAUGUCAACAGUGCUGUGGGCUCACCUUCUGGUAUCCAUCACUCAUUUUGCGUUUGCAUUUUUCUUUGUUGUCCUGCAAACGUAUAUAAAUUAUUAUUUGCCUGAAACAUAUUCGAAAUGGAAUAAAUUUCGAAUCGCUAUUUGUCUGUGCCUAUCAGGUUUCAUCGGUGCUCUUGUAAUACUUUUUCCUCUAUCUCAUAAAAAAUGGAAGAAACUCCACUCUAAAGUUCCAGCUUUAAAGUUACCUGAGGAUACGGGUUUUACUCUGCUGUUCUUUAGCGCCGGCUUUGAAUGGUUACUAUACGGCGCCUUUCUUCUAUUUUUGUUGACAUUCAUUUUCGAAUACCGAAAUUUUCAAAUUACGAUAAAAGUGGAACCAGUGGAUGAAGAAAGUGAAUCAACCAAAACUGAUUCCUGAUUGCAUCGGAAUAUUAAUAAUUUUAUAAAAACAUUUUAAGUCUUCAAGUGGAAGAAUCAUCAAAGAAAUCUGAAAUCAAAGAAAAUUUAUCCCUGAGAAAAGAAGUACAAUUGAAUUUUGGAUAGCUGAAACGUGUAAAUAUUUUUGAAACAAACAUAAUUUUUUUAUAAACAUUUUUAUAUUAAGUUUUAGUAUAUUUUAACAAAACUCUUCCUCUUUGUAUUACUGCUCAUUUUAGAACUUGCACUGUCAAAAAUUCCGGAGGAAAUUACUGUACAAAGUACGGGCACUUUAAGUGCAUCAUCCGUAAAAUACAGUUGUAUUAUAUCGCAAUUUUUCAGUAAUAUUUAUUCAAUUAGAGUGAUUCAGUGAUUUCACAAUAGUUUUUACGGUAAAAUUAUGGUAUAUCAGUUUUUUAUAUUUCGUAACAUGUUACAUUAAGAAUGGAUUCUACGGUAAAAUUCUUUGCAUGCAUUUUAUCCUGAAUUUUUUACAGUGCAACUGAAAACAAUUACUAUAUAAAUAUAGUGUUUUAAUUGUUCCUACAUAUGUAAUAAACUUUUUUUGUUUUAAAA